UCUUCCUCCUUUUUCCUUCCUGGCCAUUUCACAGCCGACGCUCAAUUGCGCAUUCUAUCUGGGCCUCAAAGAGAAUCGCGAGCCCGGGCCAUCCCAAUAUCAAAAACGAUCCAAUCCACAUCGAACAACCCCUCAAACCAUCGGCUGACGCCCGCGAACGAUCAAGGGCAUGGAAGUUAAGGUGCAACCAACCAGAUAGUAACACCCCACCAGCGAUAUCGAUUCAUGUGAUCGCCCUGCCUACACCGAUCAGGCCACACGCCGCAGCUCGCUCGUUCCAACGCCCGAGCCGUCCUCUUCAGUCGCAUUGUGGUAUAACUAUAGUAUAACUAUACCCCCUCAUUUCAGCCACAAUGAGCUCAGGCGGAGAUGCGAAGCUCUUCGCGAGGGGCAAGGUUGCCGAGUUGCGCUUGGAACUUAACAGUGGAGGGAAGAAGGACAAGAAUCACUCGGCAAAGAAGAUUGCCUUGAAAAAGAUCGUCGCCAAUAUGACAAUGAGCAAUAAUGAUAUGGUCGGCCUGUUCCCUGAUAUCAUCGCCUGUAUGACGAUCCCGAGUUUGGAAAUCAAGAAAAUGUGUUUUCUUUUUUUAGUCAACUAUGCCAGAGCGAAGCCAGAGAUUGCGCUCAAAGCUUUACCAAUCUUGGUUGAUGAUAUGGAUGACCACAACCCUCUAGUGCGCGCUCUCGCUCUCCGAACUAUAUCAUACAUCCAUGUGCGGGAGUUUGUGGAGGCCACAGUACACCCAGUGAAGCGGUUGAUGGUUGAUAUCGACCCGUAUGUCCGCAAAACAGCAGCUUUCUGUGUAGCGAAGCUCUAUGACCACCAUAAGAAAAUGGUAGAGGGAUCGGACCUCAUUGAGCGUCUGAACAGGAUGUUAAAAGACGAAAACCCCACUGUUGUUGCGAGCGUCUUAGCCUCGCUAGUCGACAUAUGGGAGCGCAGUGAAUCGAUAUCAUUGACUAUAGAUUAUGCAAGUGCGUCGAAAGUCGUGUCGGUCUUGGCGGAUUGUUCAGAAUGGGGUCAAACGUAUAUUUUAGAGUCUUUGAUGGCAUAUGUGCCUAGGGACUCUAGCGAGGCUCUGCUUUUAGCUGAACGUAUAUCGCCUCGCUUAUCUCAUUCCAACUCCGCAGUCGUUUUGACCUCUAUCCGGGUCAUUCUUUACCUCAUGAACUAUAUCAGCGACGAGAAACAAGUGUCUAGUUUAUCAAAGAAGUUAUCGCCACCUCUGGUUACUCUCUUGUCGAAACCCCCUGAAGUACAAUACCUGGCACUGCGAAAUGCGAUUUUGAUCUUACAGAAACGGCCUGAAGUUCUCCGAAAUGAUAUUCGUGUCUUUUUCUGCAAAUACAACGAUCCUAUAUAUGUUAAAGUUACCAAGCUAGAGUUAAUCUUCAUGCUUGCAACUAAGGAGAAUAUAGGUGUCGUCCUUGCUGAAUUACGAGAAUACGCAACGGAAAUUGACGUUCACUUUGUUCGUAAGGCUGUUCGAGCUAUCGGCAAAUUGGCGAUCAAGAUUGAGUCUGCUGCGCGGCAAUGCAUCGAUACACUUCUAGAACUUGUCAACGCUAAGAUUCCUUAUAUUGUUCAAGAAGCUACAGUCGUGAUUCGUAAUAUUUUCCGCAAAUACCCCAAUCAGUACGAAGGUAUCAUCGGAGCUGUUAUUCAGAAUAUCGACGAGCUUGAUGAACCCGAGGCAAAGGCCGCGAUCAUUUGGAUCAUUGGGCAGUACGCCGACAGAAUUGAGAAUUCGGAUGGCCUUCUGCAAGACUACCUCGCGACUUUUCACGAUGAGUCAAUCGAAGUUCAACUGGCACUUCUCACAGCUACCGUCAAACUCUUCAUCCAGCGGCCUACAAAGGGCCAACAGAUAGUUCCUCAGGUCCUUAAAUGGUGUACUGAAGAUACCGACGACCCGGAUCUUCGAGAUCGAGGAUACAUGUACUGGCGUCUACUGUCCACAGAUCCCGCCGCUGCCAAAGAGGUAGUCAUGGGCGAAAAACCUCCGAUCACUGCAGAAAGCGAGAAACUCGAGCCUAGGACGCUCGAAGAAUUGUGCUUGAAUGUUGGUACUCUGGCUACUGUCUACCUCAAACCAGUGCAACAGGUCUUCCGAACAGCCAGACCUAAGCGUCUCGCGGAUAGCCCAGCACUCGUCAAACGCUCUAGAGCCGAUACUGAAAAUGGAAUAUUUGCAAUUUCCACCACCAAUCCUGCAUCCACUAUUCCAGCUCAAUCGACCGUUCCCAUAUUAAACCCCACAAACGGCACUGCCACUGGGGACCUUACCUCCGCAGUCAACGCGGCGGAUGCCUACUUCAACAAUAUCGCACCACAACAAAUGGCUAAUCUUGACCUUGGGGGUCGACAAGAUAAUAGCCUAGGUGGCCUAGGCGAAACGGGACAGACGUCCCAGUACGUAGUGAAUCAGAAUCAGCAACAGAUAUAUCAACCACAGGCUGCUGGUGGAGCAGCGACGGGAGAGUUGCUUUUGUUAUAGUUAGAUAAAAUACCAUGGGUCUUGCGCAACUGAAUCAGUGUUAUUUGCAUACUUACCAUAUCUCUUUCUCUCGUUAAUAAUAAUAUUAUGGGCUAUCCUGU